ACCCUAAGGAAGAAAUGAUUUAUAGAUGGAGGAAAAAUUCAGUGGAGGCUGCUGAUCAGAAAUCAUGGCGACUUUAUCAGUUUGACUUCAUGGGUCUCAGAAACACAUCUGAAAUUGUGAAAACUUCUGCUGGUGAUUAUGUAGUCAUGACUAUUUAUUUUGAUUUGAGCAGAAGAAUGGGCUACUUCACUAUUCAGACAUAUAUUCCUUGUAUACUAACAGUCGUUUUAUCCUGGGUGUCUUUUUGGAUUAAAAAAGAUGCCACACCAGCAAGAACAGCCUUAGGGAUCACUACCGUAUUGACUAUGACAACUCUGAGUACCAUAGCACGGAAGUCCUUACCUCGAGUGUCCUACGUCACUGCCAUGGACCUGUUUGUGACUGUGUGCUUUUUAUUUGUCUUCGCGGCUCUGAUGGAAUAUGCUACUCUUAACUACUAUUCAAGCUGCAGGAAACCAAACUGUGCCAAGAAGAAAAAGUCGUUAAUGCACUCAGAGGCAACCGAAUGGGUCCAUGAAAGAAUACGCACACACACCCACAGCAACUAUUCUGUCCUGGAUAUGAGACCACCUCCUACAGUGAUCCCUCUGAAUAAUUCCAUGUACUGGCAGGAAUUUGAAGAUACAUGUGUCUAUGAAUGUUUGGACGGAAAAGACUGUCAAAGCUUCUUCUGCUGCUAUGAAGAAUGUAAAUCAGGCUCCUGGCGGAAAGGACGGAUUCACAUAGAUAUCUCAGAGCUGGACUCAUAUUCCCGAGUCUUUUUCCCAACCUCUUUCCUUCUCUUUAACUUGGUCUACUGGGUUGGAUACCUCUAUCUUUAAAUAUAAAGAGUAGUGGUGAAUACUGAAGUGGUUUUCACACUUUUUCUUUUCUUCAGCAUUGGCAAAUAUUUAGUAGCAAAGGAGGACACUGGUCAGUUUCAUAUCUAUUAUAAAAACUUAUUAUCUAUGAUUAUUAAAGGCUCUCACCAAGGUUUUAUUAUGUAUGUGCCUGGGGUGUGUUUGGGGGGAAUACAUAGUUACUUUUCAAUAUCCAAUUCUCACUAAAUUCCACUUAGUUUGGUGAUAUUUAAAAAUGAUUUUUUAGAGAUUGGUGUAGCUGUUGAUUCAUAUCAGCAUAAAAAUCAAAAGACCUUCAGGCAGAUACAUUUAUAGAUUCCUCCAGUUUCCUUACCUCUUUUCUCUUUGCAUAUCCAAGUAGUAGCAUCAACUGGUGCUAAGCCACAUUUCUGGUUUAGGAGUAUUUGAAAAGUUGGACUUUUAAACUCUCCAGUUUGACAUUCAUUGUGAGUUUGCAGUCUGUAUGGUACCCAGGAUUUCUCUUUAUAACUAUUGCAAAAUGCCAACCAAGCUUUUGUAAUCCUAAUAGCUGUUCAAUAACCACGAAACAUCAAGUAGAUGGCAGAAUUAGGGAGGGCAUAUGUAUGUGAGUGUGUGUGUAUUGUGUGUGUGUGUGUGUGUGUGUGUGUGUGUACUCUGAUGCACAUUUUCCGGGAAUAUUACUUUGAGAAGGAAAAAGUAUGAUUUUUAAAAUCCCUCAUUCAUUGAAAUCAAAAAAAGUAAAUAAUCUAAAGCAUUAUUUACAAUACAUUUUAAAGAUUUUUGUCUUUUCUUUUUGAACUAAAGGAAGACUACUUCACUAGAAAGGCAAAUAGCAGGAGAUUGCAUCUAACUAGUUUCAUUGAAAUUGGCUUGUGGUUUUCCAUAGAGCAAAGGUUUGUGUCAGCGGUUUGUUAACAAGGUAUCUCCUUCAACUUGUUAAAAACAGGGCACACAGACAUACACACAUCACUUCUGAAAUAUAUUUUAUAGUGGGCAAGAAAUGAGGCUUUCAUCGCCAAAAUUUUCUCAGUCACUACUGAAUAUAAUUAUUUUUAAUUAAAAUUAUUACCAAUUCAAAACAAAAUGAAACGAAAAUAAAAAUGUGUAGCUGGUAAUGAUAAAAUAAGUAUAUUCUUUAGCUAAAAUGAAGUAUUUUAUACUUUUGAAAUAGAGUCAAGCAGCAACAUCCCAAAGAGAAUUCUAACAUUUAUAACUGUUUUGUACAACAUAAAUGCAACUUUAUUUUGGCAUUUUUAUCUAAUUCUUUCUUGGUUUCUGGUCACCAGUAUUUCUCAAGAUAUUUUUCAAGUGCUCCCUUAAAAAAAACUUUAUCAUUUGGUUAUAAUCUCCUAAAUAAAACAACAUAUCUCAAAAAUACUGUGGGCUUGCCCUAAUCAUAUAAGAUAUGAAUUGAAACUAAUGUAAAAGAAUCUGUUAUUUUAAAAGAAACUGAUGUAGUCCCUACUGCAAAACCCAUUUCUAUUGGCUAAGGAGGAAAGAUAUAUCAAUAGGAUACAUCUUAUUAGUAAAAUACCCAGAGUUUUACUAGUGCUGGUAAAAGUUUGAUUCUUAUUUGUUUGGCUGCUUAAAAUCAUCACAGUUACUCCUAGUAUAAUGAAAAAUGAAUACACAGAUAAAGCAGGACUCUUUUUCAGGCAUUGGUUAACUGGUUUGAAGAAUCUCCAGGAAUAUUGUUUUUCUUCUCGUUUCCACUUUGUUCUCUUAUGGUUCUCUGGUUGUUAGUAAGCAAAGCAUACAGCAUGUAAUUUGCUUGUUACUCUUAACAUCAAAGUUUAGUGGAAAGCAGGCUGAAUAUAUUGGUUUUCAGUGAAAUUUAUUAACUAUCUGUAACUUUAUUUAUAUUAUUCCUCUCUCUUGGAAUCUAGAAUUGUAGAAAGCUAAUUCUGCAUAAAGGACAGUGCUCAUUUGAUUUCAAGGUAUAAUGACUCAAGAUUUAUUUUAAUAUAACAUUGACAUAAACUUUCAUAAAGUAAGUGGUUUCUGUUUACCAACUGAUCAUGCCAGUAUUUCUACUAAAAGAGCUUAUUCUUUAUAAUGAUGAAAGAAAUACCAAGUAUGGUCUAGUUGAGAAUGAUUUUUGUAAUGGUAGGAUUCCCAGAUAGAGUUCUCCACUGUUGGGGGGAAAUUAAUUCACCUAGCAACUUUUUUUUUCUGAAGUAAUUGGGGUUAAGUGACUUG